AUGCUACGAGACAACAGUGCCACUGAGCUAUGCAUGACAAAUGGGCAGGAGGGGACUGUGUAUGACUGGGUACCCACAGUUGGUGUGUAUGGCCAGCCAGUAUUGGAUGUUCUGUUUAUAGAACUGAAAAAACCGCCCACUCCUGUUCAAUUUGAGGGUCUGCCACUGAAUGUGGUGCCUAUUAUGAGAACCACUACUCCCACUUGGUGUGAUCUGCCAUCUGGAAAGAAAUUGCACAUAUCCAGAAGCCAGGUCGAGGUUACUGUCAAUUAUGCCAUGACAGACUUUGCUUCCCAGGGAAAGACUAGAGAAAAUAAUGUGGUCCAUCUGAAUGACACAGCAAGUCACCAAGGCUACUAUACAGCUCUUUCUCGAAGUGCUACUGCUGCUGGUACACUCAUAUUGCAAGGCUUUAAUCCAUCCAUCAUAUCUGACAAGAAAUGCUCAGGUGCUUUACGGCAGGAGUUCCGUGAUCUAGAACUACCCGACGACAUCACACGUUUACAGUUUGUAGGCAAACUUCCUCCUUCUGUUGUUGGUGAUACCAGACGAACUUUAAUUCAUUCAUUCAGACAACACAAGUCCGAGUCAUAUGUUCCCCAUCACAUGCAUAGUGCAAUACGUUGGAACAAGAAACAACCAUAUAUUGAGCCUGAUUUUAAUGACUUAGACUGGAGCAUUAUACCAACUCAGCACAUAACCAAGUUUCUCCCAAGCGAAUUUGUUCAGGAAAUGAAGGAGAAGGCUGAAGUUUGGAAGACUGAGAGUAGUGGGGCAACUCAGCUACCGCAACUGCAUGUAGCAUCCAAGUCCACCUAUAAGCUGGCUGAUACAAGACCACAAACACAGGUUGCCUCUGUAAAACGCUCUAUCUCAGAUGAUUUGGCCCAAGGUGCAGCUACAUUUUACACUCAGAGAAAGCGCAUCAAAGUCUCAAAUCCUACCAGCAUACAGCAUCAUCCAGCAGUGCAUUGCCUUAUACCCAUUGGUUGUCAGUGGAGUGAUAAUAGCUGUGCCUAUGACACUGUUCUCUCGCUACUAUACAAUGCAUGGCUGGAUAAGCCAGUUGCUACAUUCCCUGAGUUGUCUAGUGUUCUGUUUCCUGCCCUUAUCAAGUGCUUUGAUCAAGUGAAUCACAGCCAAGAUAGACUCACUGACACCCGUGAGUAUGCAAGGCAGGCCCUAAGUGUGCAGAGACCAACUGAGUUCAAAUAUGGAGAGUAUGCCUCUGUGUCUUCCAUCUUGGAUAUCCUUUUUAGUGCCACAGAUGGAAUGGUUGACUUAUUGGCUUUGUGGGUGUUCAAGAACCAGCAGAAACCGUUCAGCAUCUGUAAAGAUCAGCCGAUAGGUGUUUGGCGCAACGCGGGGCCUGGUGGACAUCUCGUCGACACGGCGCCUGGAACGCCGACGCUCUGGUGCAGGGACUGGAGUUACGACGAAUCUGGAGCGUGUACUAUGGUCGAUAGGAAGGGGAAGGGCAAAGCGCGCGAGGCGGUCAAUGGAACGGUCGCGGGAGACGUCCUUGACGCAGAGACGAGUGCACUCCUGGCCGAGAGACAGCGGGAGAUGGAGACCAUCCAUGACCGCCAUGAUACCCUCAAGGUCCGCGAACUCUUCCACAUGGUGCAUUUUCGCAACAUGCUGGCAUACGAUCCUGCGGAGGCGAAAUGGGAUAAUUCUCUCGUGUUUCAACAGUUCAAAGCAGAUUAUGAUUUAUUAGAGCAAGCAUCUUCGAUGGCUGCGGGGCCUUCGAUGCGCAGAACGCGACGUGCCAUCAAUGAACGACAUCAGAUUCUGCAUGCACCGCUGCUAAAGGUCAAGAAGGGGACGAAAGCUACUCAGGGCAGGGCUAUUGAGUCAGUCUCUGCUUCGAUGGCAAUGCACGACGAUACGCAACCUCGGAAACGGCGCAAGACGGAGCCUAUUCUAGCGACGCAGAAACUCUCCUUGCGUCCAGAGGUGCUGACCACCAACCAACAGCCUAAUACCAACGUCAAACUCAACAUCAAGCGAAUCAAGCUUCUUGUGCGGCGCCCGCCGCCUACUAUUUCGCAUCCACGCCAACGGCCUGGGCCGGCGCGGUUCAAUACAUCUGUGUCUGCGCUGCUGACGUCGUAUAGAACGCUCAACGACCGCGAGCUCAAUCACGAGGCGUUCGAGCAGUCGGCCAGUGCCGAUGCCGAGAUCCACGAGCGCGUCGAGCUGUUUCGCAAGCAAGGCCGGUUUAUUCCUGGGACCGAUGUCUUGUUCGGGACCACGCCGCAGGAAGGGUCUUUCACGACGCCACAACGCAGCACGCACGACAUAUGGGACGAGGUUGUUGCGGACGCCACUGCGGCCGGGCGCGCUCGUCUCAAGAAAUCGACGGGCAAGACGAUCAGCGCGCUAAUACAGGGAUACUGGGAUGCACAGGCGUCGAAGAAAGACCGGGCGAAGGUGCUGGAGGAGCGGCGGCUGCGGGCUCUUGCGAAAGCGACGGUGCGACUGGUUGCCAAUGAAUGGAAGCGGGUGCUGUUGCACAUCCGCGAGCAGGAGCGGGUGAAGCGCGAGGCUGAGGAGAUGAGACGCGGGGCGGAGCAUUUGGAUGCUAUCUUGGACCAGUCUGGGCAUAUUUUGACUGCUCAGCAGGGGGAUUUGUGGGCGUCGGACAGCGAGAGAGAUGGCGACGACGAGGAUGAAGACGAUGAGGCGGAUGACGUGCAGAGUGAGAUCGACGAUAAUGGUACAGACGUGCCAGGAAGAAGAGAUGAAGACGACGGUAGUGAAGCUAGCGAUGGCAGUGAAGAUACUGGUGCUCUCAUUCGCCAGCAUUCGCCUCGCUUGGAAGAACAUGCCUCGAUAGAUGACACGGUUGUAGACGAAGCCGAGCACGCACUGCGUAAGCUCCCAGAGUCUAGCCCCGCUGUCAUGGCGAACAUCAUCGAGCUUCCGAACGAUUCUCCGACGCCCUUGGCUGGAGACGAUGGCGAUAUCACAGACAUCCGGCCAGCUGUUGCUGAGCCGCCUCAAACUGGAGACGAUGCCGUCAGUGGCACCUCGCCCUUGCUAGAUGCAAAGGAAUCCACUGACGCGGAAGACAUUCUCCGUGGUGCCGUCAUCAAAGUGGCAGAGGACACGACUCCGACUGAGGACGAUUCUGAGCCCGAGGAGACGUCCACCGAAUCAGGCAUCCCGGAGUAUCUGAAGCCAUAUGCCGUCGCCCCCGUUCAAUGGGACCACCAAGACAAGAUCAAACCGCCUUUGCUUCUGCGCGGUGUCCUACGUCCUUAUCAACAAGCCGGGCUGGAAUGGUUGGCGAGUCUCCAUACGAACAACUUGAAUGGAAUUCUUGCUGAUGAGAUGGGCUUGGGAAAAACAAUCCAAACAAUCGCUUUGCUGGCUCACCUAGCCUGCGACCACGGCAUCUGGGGUCCCCAUGUCAUAAUCGUCCCGACGAGCGUCCUUCUCAACUGGGUCAUGGAGUUCAAGAAGUUCCUGCCAGGUUUCAAAGUCAUGAGUUAUCACGGUAGCACGAAGCGUCGGAAGGAACUUCGUCAAGGCUGGAACGAUAAGCAUCACUUCAACGUCUGCAUCACCUCGUAUACGCUUGCCAGCCGCGAUGCGCACAUAUUCAAGCGGAAGUCGUGGUACUAUAUGAUUCUCGACGAAGCGCAUAUGAUCAAGAAUUUCAAGUCCCAGCGCUGGAAUAUAUUGCUCAUGUUUCGCUCCUUUCGUCGUCUCCUCCUCACGGGGACGCCUCUCCAGAACAAUCUCACGGAGCUCUGGGCGUUGCUGCAGUUUCUCAUGUCUGGUUCUAAUUUCGCCAAUCUCAAGGAAUUUGCUGAGUGGUUCUCUAACCCUCUGGAAAAGGCGAUCGAGAUGGGCAAUGCUCUCGACGAAGACACCAUGCAGCGUGUGACGAAGCUACAUACUGUCCUCCGUCCGUAUCUGCUACGAAGGCUGAAACGCGACGUGGAGAAAGAGCUGCCAAGCAAAUACGAACACCUGGUCUUAUGUCCGCUUUCCAAACGCCAACGAUUCUUGUACGACGAGUUCAUGGCGAGAGCUCAUACUCGAGACGCGCUAGACUCAGGCGUGUAUCAGAAGAUAGCCAAUAUCUUGAUGCAGCUGCGCAAAGUCUGCAACCAUCCCGACCUCUUCGAAGUCCGUCCCAUCGUGACGUCGUUCGCAAUGGACCGUUCAGCAGUUGCAGACUUCGAGAUCAAAGAACUCCUCAUCCGGCGGCGGAUGUUCCAUGAUGCCGAGGAAUCCGUCAAUCUGGACGUUCUUGGGUUGCGAUUCAUCGACCGCCAGGGUUCAUCUUUCAUUGCCGCCCAGGAAACUCGAAGGUUGGAAGCAACUGCGCGACUUCCGUUCAUCUCCGAAAUGCCUGGAGAGCCCCCGCCGAAGGAUACGCGUACGAUCGCCGGGUUUCGUAAGUACGAGGCGUAUCGUGAACGCGCUGAAACGAUAGCAAGAUGGGCCCAUAUCGGAUACCUCAAUGGUCUCCGAUGUAAUGCGUCGCCCAUAUUCAGCUAUGAGAGCCUUCGGCUGCUGCGUCAGUUUACACGCUCUCCGAUUCCUUCACAAUACGCCGACAAUCGCACUACGUACCUAGAGGAAGUGAGUGUGGUCAACGACAUGGUGACAUCCUAUGGCGACCGGGAAUCGGAAAUGGCAGGAAUCAUCGAUCGAUUUGCCUUCGUGACAUCUCCGGUGGUGGCAAUGGAUAUGCCGCGUCUGGCACUUGGCGCGCACGAAGACUUCCUUCGUCAGCAACCCCCUUCAUUUGACGAACUUCUCCAUCGCUCUAGCGUGAAGUUACAGAUUGCGUUCCCAGAUCCGUCUCUCAUCCAGUAUGACUGCGGUAAGCUUCAGCAACUUACACGUCUGCUGCGGGAGAAGAAGAUGGGGGGCCAUCGGGUGCUCAUCUUUACACAAAUGACGAAGGUGUUGGACAUCUUGGAGAUAUUCAUGAACCUGCACGGAUAUUUGUACCUACGCCUUGACGGUGCAACGAAAAUCGAGGAUCGCCAGUACAUCACGGAGCGCUUUAACGCUGACGCGCGAAUCUUUUGUUUCAUAUCGUCGUCCAGAUCUGGCGGCGUUGGGAUCAACUUGACAGGCGCGGAUACGGUUGUUUUCUACGACAGCGACUUCAAUCCCCAGAUGGAUCGUCAGUGCGAGGAUAGGGCUCACCGUAUCGGUCAAAUCCGCGACGUCCACAUAUACCGCUUCGUUUCCCAGCACACGGUCGAAGAGGCAAUGCUGCGCAAGGCCAACCAGAAGCGCUCGUUGGACGAUUUGGUAAUUCAAAAGGGCGAGUUCGAUUGGCGCUCCUUAUUUAACGAUGAGAGUGCUCUCACGCGUGCCCUCGGAGAAGUUGAGGACACGGAGGACGCUCGUGCCGCUGAUCUCGCUGCCCGCGAAGAGGUAGACAUGGAGGGUGCGGAUGCAGACGACUUCGGGGAAGACAGGGAAGCCAAUGAGAUUGUGCCACCGCAGUCAGGGACAGGCAACCCUCCGGAUGAAGCUCGUGUUACUGGUGGUGUACCAGAACCGCCACCCGAAGAAGAGGGAGAAGAAGAGGGUGGUACCGUCCUGGACUACAUGUUUGAUUUUGUUACAGCUGACUACGAUUUCUUCCGCGACUGGUGA